UAUAGGCAAGCCUAAUGCCGUUGCAAACACACCGAGAGCCGCGCUAGCCUCUCGGAGACAACAAGGGGGCAAAAACUCCCAGAAAUAUUUAUAUAUGCUUAUAAUCGAGGGAGUUUGCACCUGGAUCCUCCGCUGUCUGCUCCAGCCGUUUUAAGUUCUUCUCUCCUCCCUCCCCUCAGCCAUCUUCCGGCCCCCAAAGCGCUCCAAACUAAAGCAACUUGGGGAGGGGGGGCGCAAGGGGAGGUGGAGUUGAGGAGCCGUGUGAAACUUGCUGCAAGUUUGUUGCGAGGGCUGCUGCAGCAGGGCAACCGCGAGAGGCGGAGAGAGGAGCUGCCCGGGAGAGCGCCGGGCGCCGAAUUCCAGCACAUCAGCACAGCGUUCGCCGGUUGGUCCGCCGGCUGGUUCCUUCUUCCUCCUGCCCCGCUGCAGGUGGCCGGCGCUGGGUGCGUGGCAAGCAGGGGAAGGCGAGUCACUCCGUCCAGAGGGAAAUCCAGGCAGGGAUCUGGAGGAAGCAGAGAUAAGUCGAUUCCUCCUCCUGCUUCAGAAAGAGAUCGGAAAGGGAGGAUGGCCGGGGAAGAGGCGCCUUGCCCCGUCUCCACCUAGGAGGAAACUUGACCGAGAGAGAACCGGGCCAGUACAGAUCAGUCUAACUGAGGAAAAUCUGCUCUCCUUGGAAGUGGACAGCUCCCAGGACGCUCCCUAACCAUCCGGAUCGACUCUAGAUUUGCUGGUUAUAAUCCCCCGCCCCCAAUGUUUUUUGUCUGUCUGCCUGCACCGUCGGGGCGAACUUUCCUUGGCUUCUAGUAAUGCUGCAGCUGGUGGCAAUCGGUGCAUCGACUGUCAAAUGCCCCAAUUCCCGCCAAGGGUAGUCUCGAGCAGGACUUGGGUUUGGAGCACAGCGCGUCCCACGCUUUGCACUUACUGGAGCAGGAGCCUAAAGAAAGCGGACCGGCUCGACGGCACUGAAAACUGCCAGCAGCAACAGCAGCAUCCCAUCGCCCAAGAGACAGUCGCCAAGAGACGGCGGUGGGGGGUUCCCCGGAGUACUGCGGCAGUCCAGAGUGUGGGGGGAGGCACCCCCACAUCGGGGCUCAGCAUCCACUGUGGGCAUCCGGAAUCGAGGAGGGCGGGGUGGCCACCAUUGAUUUCCUGCGUGUGGCUCGCAGCGACGGGCUGGGCGCUGCUGCCGCCGCCGCUGCCGCCGCCGCCGCAGGCAUGGCCAAGCCGGUGGACCACGUCAAGAGGCCCAUGAACGCCUUCAUGGUGUGGUCGCGGGCGCAGCGGCGCAAGAUGGCCCAGGAGAACCCCAAGAUGCACAAUUCGGAGAUCUCCAAGCGGCUGGGCGCCGAGUGGAAGCUGCUGAGCGAGGCCGAGAAGCGGCCCUUCAUCGACGAGGCCAAGCGCCUGCGGGCCAUGCACAUGAAGGAGCACCCCGACUACAAGUACCGCCCGCGGCGCAAGCCCAAGACCCUCCUCAAGAAGGACAAGUUCGCCUUCCCCGUCGGGCCCUACGGCCUGCCCGACGCGGCAGAGCAUCACGCCCACCACUUGGCGCCCCACCACGCGGCAGCCCUCAAGGCCGGCGCCCUCCACGGGCCCGAAGGCCUGCUGGCCAACCCAGAGAAAGCAGCGGCCGCCGCCGCGGCCGCCGCGGCCCGGGUCUUCUUCCAGCCGUCGGCAGCAGCCGCGGCUGCGGCAGCGGCGGCGGCCGGCAGCCCCUAUUCGCUGCUGGACCUGGGCGCCAAGAUGGCAGCGGAGAUCUCCUCGUCGGGCUCGGGCGGGGGGAGCUCGGCGGCCGGGCUGCCCUACGCUGCUGCCUCCUCGCUGGCUUACCCGACGGCUGGAGGUGCCUUCCAUGCGGCGGCUGCGGCGGCCGCAGCAGCAGCCGCCAGCGGGGGCCACACUCACUCGCACCCGUCGCCGGGCAACCCGGGCUACAUGAUCCCCUGCAACUGCAGCGGCUGGCCCAGCCCGGGACUGCAGCCCCCGCUGGCCUACAUCCUCCUGCCGGGCAUGGGCAAGCCGCAGCUGGACCCCUACCCCGCGGCCUACGCGGCGGCCCUAUGACCUCCUGCCCCCCACUUCGGAGCCCUCUACAGCCUGGCGGCCAGCGGUGGGAGGCUGGACUCCAGCAGGCUCCCACCGCCGCUCGGACUUUAGCUGCCUCCUGCCAGAGGACUCUUCCUGCUGCUGCCGCCGCUGCCGUCCAGCAAGGCGGAGCUGGGGGGGCCAAGUGUGGGGUCCCGACGAGAACAUUUCAGGCCCGCUCCCCUUCCAGCCACCUCUCCCCGGCCGCCCCAUUUCUGCAACCUGUUGCACAGGCCCCACCAGGCAAAAGGAUCCGCUCUCCGUAACCUCCAAGCGCCUCCGGCCCCUCUCCUUCCCUCCUCGGGUUUCUGGCAAGGAUUUAUUGGAGGCGGGCGCGGGAGAAAAGCAGAGCGGAGAAGCGGCCGGCCCGCCUGCCUGCUUCCCCCACCAUCGCGGCCGAAAGGCUUAGUUUAGCGUGCAAGCACCUGGGUUGCCAAUCGCUCUCUCUCCUCCGCAAUGUCCUUUGGGAUUGUCUGUCUUUUUGUUUUGUUCUUCCUCCUCUUCUGUCGUUCCCUCCCGCGACCCCCAUCCGGAUUCACAGCAGCUCCAGAAACAUCCCACCUAAACUGCAACCUUGAUCAGACACUGACGAAGGUUCAUGCAGAAAGUUUGCGCGGCGCUUUCAGUUCUGCGACUUCGAAACGUCAAGAGCAGCCCGGCAAGCCAUUAAAGAAGCCGGGCUCCUCGUUUUAUCCCUCCCCUCACUUGUUUGAGAUGGGGGCAUAAAAAGAGAAUCAAAGUGCAGAAUCUCCCCCACCAUAUCCAGCCCCCAUUAUAUGCAGCAAGAUUCUCUAAGAGUGCCAGGGAAGUGUUUAGGAGGGUCCUAAUUCUCAUGAAAACAAACAAAAUUCAGAAGCAGGAAAGUGGCUGCCUGUCCCUUUCUACCCGUCUCCCCUAAAGACUGUAAAUGUGUACAGUUCGUGGGAACUUUAGGUGUAAGAAGAUUGCCUCGCUGUAUUAUUUGAGGUUUGGGCUGCGAUCCUAAGCACGCUGUCUUGGUAGUAGGUCUCGCAUUAAUCAAGGGGACUUUCCUUCCAAGAAAGAGUGUGUACGGAUCGGGGUGCCAGACUAAAGAUGCGUAAAAUAAAAUAAAAACAUUUUUUAAAGGAAAAAACAACAACCAACUGCUCACAUAAUGACGCCUUUUAAUGCCAAUUCAAAAGAUUGUGGAUCCCUUUCCGGAUCGCGAUUUGAUUUAUUUAGAGUUUAAAAGGGGGGAAAUCAGACCUUAUCUGAAAAUAAUUCUAUAUUUAUUAAGAUGUUAGGUGUGUCCCAAACCGCUGUGUUUCGAGAGAAGACGUUUAUUCGCUUUUCUAUCCAACCCCUUCUCCGAGCAACACCGCCAGUGUUCAGAUGUGAUUUUCAGUCACUCGACUGCGGGGGGCGGAAAUAUUAUUAUUAUUAUUAUUUUAAAUGCAUAAACGAUUCAGUUGCAGAUAAUGGUUUUGGAGGUGGGGGGGGGACUCAUUUCAAAGAAAUUCCUGAAUCAGAACGGUUUUUGUUUUACUUUUGUAAUAUGUAUAUUUGGAUUAAUGUUUGUGAAUCAAGUUGGCUAACCUGUAUUUAGUUUAAUUUUGUUUUGUUUUGGCUUUCUGUAAUAUAAGGGUUUUUUGGGGGGGAAAGACGUUUUUAAGUAUUGGUUUUAACAUUUGACGUGUAUAAAUGAGUUUGCUGGUGUGCUCUAAUUUAAAAUUAGACGUCUAAACUAUAUCUGUACAUUUAGACUCCGACUUACCACUCUGUUCAUUUUGGAACAAAGAGUUUAAAUAAAAGCCUGAAGCAGGGAAAAGAGAAAA